AAUCCCCAGCCCCCGGGCCAGCCAUUCUUGGGGUUCUUUUUUCUUUUAUGAAUCGAUGUGUGGCACACAGCCCUCCUGGCAUGACGUGGGUGCUCACACCUUCAUCAGAACAGUUUGACUACCUGCAUGAGACUGUAAGAAGACCGGGCCAGUGGACAUUUACUCAUAGGAGUAGGGUAUGGGGGAGGGCCAUUAGACCCUCCCCUGAGAUUAUAGCCACUCCUUCCUGCAUACCACUCCGUUAUAAUUCUAGCUGUAAAUAGUCUGGGGAGAAUAUGGACAGGUUAAUGGGAGCUGGACUCCAUCCGUGCAGCUUUUAGGAAGCCACUAGCCAUGUCAGGGGUGGAACUUUUAUAGUGGUGCAUCUGUGUGAGAGUCACCCAGGCUCUUGCAAGUCCAGUAAUCACGGUACUAGAUGUUUAGCACCAAAGGGAUCCUUUGGUCAGUUGCUGCUGGUCUAUCUGGGAUGAAUGGACGUUUGUUCUUGUCUUCCUCAGAAAAAGUCCGAAGCAUUUGGUCAACAGACAGAGAUAGGACAGAACCAAGGGUGAGCUUUGGGGAGCAGUUACACAGGCCUUGCUGCAGGGUGACAACUGAAGAGAAGCUGUGUGAAGUGGCACAUUGCCUGCCCAGGGCAAGUCGCCGCAGUGGCUGCCCUCCAUGAGGUGAGGAAUAGUUUCCCUGGUGCAGUUGCAUUUGCAUUGUUCCCACUGUGGUGAUAAGACAAGCAAAGGAGGCUGGGCUGGCUUUCGAGAGGGAAAGCCAGGAUGGAAAGUCAGCUCACGGGGCAAAUCUUGGUGGCGCCACCUUCCUGAAUGCCUUAUGUCCUUGACAUGUUCUUGACAUGUUGGCCAUUAGGGGUCUCCAAGAUCUCAGAAGUGACUAGCAAACAGGAAACAUGUUUCAGAUCUUCAGAGUGGCGUGUAUGGGAUGUUUUCUAAGGAAACCACGGCAAAGCUAUGCUCCCCUGGCUACAGGCGAUAAGGCAUGUGACUGAGGCUCAGUCUAUGCCCAGAAAACGUGUCUGCACGAAGAACGGACGCUGACAAAAAGACAUCAUGUUAGCCUCUGUUUUUGUAGGUAGAUUGGCUAAAGGAGAGGAUGUGUUUCUUACAGCUGGGGGAAUGUAAGGAAAGGAGACUGUAAGCCAAAUCUGCUAAUUAGCUCCUUCUGGAAGGAACCCCACAGUUGGAGCCCAGUGGGAAGAGUUGAGUAGUGAUCGGUAUGGGGAGAGGUGUGGUAGAAAGGAUAUCAAGGGAACUGGACAGGACAGAGACGGGUGACCCCUACCCAGUUCACCAGACCAGAUAGGACCAUGUUCACCAGAGAGCUUAAGGGAGGUAAUUCAGCAGCGGCCUUGCGCCCCAUGAUGGGUCAUGAUCUUUAUGAGGGGAGUUUCUAGGGGGAAAAAAUAGCUAAAUUUGUUGCUUGUGGUCUUCAAAGGCUUUUAAGUCUGAGUAGUAGUUCACAAAGGCGUAAAGGAAGGACUAAAUGAAAGCAGUUUCCCUGAAAACCAGUUAGCCCAGCGGCUGACAAUUAUCCCCUCUUGGUGCACAUUUCUUUCCUGAAGGUGUUGUGUGGGUGGAGAUUGUUUGCCCAGCCAUGCCCUUCCAGCAGCCAGGGAUGGAUAAUGGAGAGGCAGCAGCCUGCCCAGAGCCUGUCAGACCCAGGGAGCUGGUGGACAUAGUAAAUGAGGCAUAGCCCACUCCUCCUUGGUGCCAGACCAAGGCAAUUAGUGUGAGCUGGCUCCUUUGAGCUCUUAGGUGUGAGAAGAAGUACAGUGGCCUUUGGCAGCACCCCAGGAUGAGGAAACAGGGUGGCUCAUAGAUAAAAACUGGAUUACAGAGAGCUAAACAGGUAGUGCCUUGCAGUCACAUCAUUGUGUCCAACCUGUUCUUUUGAAAACAGUGGCUAGGGGUUGGGGAUUUAGCUCAGUGGUAGAGCGCUUGCCUAGGAAGCGCAAGGCCCUGGGCUUGGUCCCCAGCUCCGAAAAAAAGAAAAGAAAACAGUGGCUAGAGAUGGUUGGGAUCUCUCAUUCCGUGUUGGACCUUGCUUGCUAACCUUUGUUUUUUUCUUUUUGGUUUCUCCAGGCAGGGUUUCUCUGUUUUAACAUUCCUAGCUUUCCUGUAGACCAGACUGGCUUUGAGCUCACAGAGAUCUGCCUCUACCUCCUGAGUGCUGGGAUUAAAGCAGUGCUCCACCAAUUGCUCGGCACAUUUUUGGUUUUGAGACAUGACCCCAUGUAUCCCAGUCUGGCCUCUAACUAGCCAAGGAUGACCUUGAAGCUUUGAUCAUUCUGCCUCCUGCUUCUGAGUGCUGGAAAUACAGGAGUGUACCACCACGUCUGGCUUAUACGGUGCUACUGAUUGUGCAUGCCAGACUAGGACUCCACCUACUGAACUACCUCCUCUGCCCCCCUUUUCCUAAGUAUUCCUUUAGCUGCUGUGUUCUAAGGCAGCUGGCACUUUCUUAGUGGUUCUUCGGAGGUCUACCCGCCAUCUAUGAGAAGGUUUUUACUAGAUAACUCUCACCUCUGACUACCUUACGGUUAGAAAAGCAUCUGGAGGGGUGCGCACAUGCACUUAAGGACCAAGAGUGGGACGUCAACCUGCACAGGGUGCAAGACCAUUUACAGCUGUGAAGUUCUGAGUUUUAUGGUCAAAUGGCGUGCAGAUACACCGCAUGGUGAUUAAGAAAAUCCUACAACUGCCUGCACCUGUAAACUUUAAAACAGAUUUGUGAGGAAAGGGAGGUAAUUCAGUAGCGGCCUUGGGACGGGUAAGUCCCCAUGAUGGGUCAUGAUCUUUAUGAGGGGAGUUUCUAGAGGGAAAAAAAAUAGCUAAAUUCAGUGCUUGUGGUCUCCAGAGGCUUUUAAGUCUGAGUAAUAGUUCACAAAGGGGUAAAGGAAGGACUAAAUGAAACCAGUAAUCCCUGAAAACCAGUCAGCCCAGCGGCUGACAAUUAUCCCCUCUUUAGCCAGUAUGGAUGGAAAAAAGACACUCCCAGAAUCCAUAAAGCUACUGAAUGAAAAUCUCAGUGUCAGGGGUGUGAAGUGGAAACUUAAAGGUUCUUUGGAAAGUCAGUUGUGUUGGAUGGUGUUUUGCUGGGGCAAACGAAGGAAUGUUUUCCUGAAGCAGACACAGGUGAAAGGAUGUUCUGCUAAAGCAAGCACGUGCACGAUGAAGGAUUCUUCGUCAAUGACACACAUGUAUUGGUUGGUCUGCCUUCCAUUGCAUAGUUGGCUCCAUUUGUCAGGACUCCAUAAAGAGGUGUGCUGCGGCUUCCUGCCACUUCCAAGGACUUCCAAGACCGACAUGCAGAGCAAUGUCAGCUGAGACAGAUGCACACACAGAGGACAUGUGAUGUUUAGAGGGAAUAUAAACAGAACUCAACAGAUGGUGACGGAGGCUGGGAGCGUGGCUUGCUUCCAUAGCUGAACACUUGUUGGUAUCCUGUCUUUGCUGAUCUUCUAUUUGCUGAGAGAGGAAUAGCAGGUCCCUCCUACUGACUUGUGCUGAGGCUGAGGCCUGGCUGUCUCUACUAGGCCAUGCCACCGCUGCUCAUUUGUGUUUGCUAUCCCGACUCUACCGAACUGGACUGCUAGUGUAGGUGCAAAGUGUUUGCGAUUGGAUCAAACCGCUGCUGAACUGCCGAUUUCCAGGCAACAGGGAUGGGAGUUGCUCCAAAGAACCUUUCUAACCAGAUCCACUCCCUGUAUCCUUUCUUUUUCACUACUUCUGGUGGGUGGUGGGCUGCAAGGGAGGAUAAAGCAUCCAAGAACCACCAUUAAAAAUAGGAUUUGAAAAAAAAAAGUCACAGGGGUGAACUACUUUUCUUUGAUUGUUAGCCAGGGAGAUCCCUAACACCCUAAAACAACGCAGGCUAUGGUCAGCGCUGCUGGUUGCACAUAGGAACUAGAUGGUAAAAUGCUGUUAUUGAGGACCUCACAUGCUGACUCCAGGACACACAGACCUCAAACGGACUGACCUGAAAGUGUCCUUCUUGCAGACCGGUGUUUGGAAGUUCCAGAAGGUGCUGUGUAGGCCGCUCAGGGAGAAUAAUCACAAAUGGUCCUGCUAAUCUAUGGACACCAGUGUUAAUGUACAACCAUACGACUCGUCUUCUGAUUGUCUUCAAGUAUUCCUCCAUAGGAAAGGGUCUCAUGUUGGUAUUGUAAGCUAAAAGCUUGUACCUGGGGAGCUCAUAGGGCCCUUGUGUGGAACUUCUAAUGUAGUCAAGUGGAUAUGCGCCUGUCAGGUUUUCUGCUGAACAUGUAUGUGAAUGCCCACAGGUGACUUGUGCUGUUAGUGUCACCUGUCCAGAGAAUCCUUUAACUGCCCGUGAGUGGACGUCACAGAGAAUAAAGUGGCCGUUGCUAUGGCAUAGCGGGCCACUGCUCAGCCAAAAGGAAAGACAAUAACCAAACAUCUCUUAUCACUUCCUUCAGUGCUCAGAGAGUACAGCAGCAGAAGGGGCGGUGGUGGAAAGCAAGCCUGAGAAAGACCAGAGUGCCGCGUGUCCAUCUUCAGAGCAAAAUACAGCCUUUAUCAUCUUAAUCAAAGCAGCCUCCUCAGCUGCAUGGGUGUUCAGGGGUACCUAAGGCAGACUAGCUGACGGAGAAAGCCAUUCAGCUUUUAGAAGAGGAAUAGAUCUGUGCUAGGAUGUGACUUUUUUUUUUCUUUUUCUUUUUGCAGUGCAGCUGGUUUGAGGUCCUCCACACUAAUAUAAAUAACUCUUCACCCAUGCUCCCCUAAGCAUGACCUGUAAAUUCAUUGGUUCACCAAGCUAUAAUUGGGUAUAUUAAUUUCUGUGGUCUGUUGUUGGUGUCCUAUUUAGAGUGAACAGUUUUUUGCCCAGUGGAAGAAUUAACACAAAACCCAUAAUACCUGCAUUAAGCUGGAUUUUCUUCACAUACACCAGUUAACGCAAUAUUCAGUGAUGUAGCCAGUUUAACACAAAUAUGAAAAUUAUGUUUGAGAUGGGAUCUCACUAAGUAACCCUGGCUGGUCUCGAACUCAUAGAAAUCUCUUGCUUUCACAUCCAGAAUCCAGGGAUUAGAGGUGAGCAUCAUCAUGUUCACCUAAAGUUUUAAGAGCAAAAAGAUCCUCAUAUAAUCCUUAAGAUCUAUCAGGCAGUGCCAUUCUCCCCACAUAAAAGGAUAAACUGAGGCCAUUGCUUUCUGUGGGGGAGUUUAUUGCCCCAUCAGCAUUCCUGGACGUCUCGGGGCAAAAACUCCCAGGUGAGGUGACCUCGCCACGUUUCCCGGUGUGAACACCACCCAUAGGCUCUCUUUGCCGGAGCGAGGCCAGUGACGGUGCAUCCCAUUCUACAGAUGUAAGCGAAGGCUCAGGGUCGCCCUGCGCCUUACUGCAGUCCUACAACGAUUCAGCAGUGGUCCUAAGACCGCGCGAGGGAGAGAGUAUCGGACACGGGCGCCAGGAAGCCGCCGGCCUCAAGGUCCGGGACCAGAUCCGGAAACCUCCCUUCCGGUUCCCAAGUGCUCGUUUCGGAAGUGAGUCACUCUGCCAGCACAUAAUAUGGCUUCCAGCUCAUCUACCGCCCUGGAGGUCGACGGUAAGGUGGGCGGGACCCGGAAGUUGACCGUUCUGGGAAUGGCGGCCGCCGGGGGCGUGGCUUCCGGCGCUCCUAGACUGCAAGUUGCCGCGGCUGAGAGCGCAGGCGGCAGCUGACAGGCGCUUUUCUUCAGACUGCUGCGGCGGGAGCCCAGCGAGGCGGGCGCCUCCAGCUCUCGUCCCAGCGUCCCGGCCCGCGAAGUUCCAGGGCGCCGGGGCAUGGAAGAGGGGAAAAUGGACGAGAAUGAAUGGAGUUACCAUGGCGAAGGCAACAAGAGCCUUGUGGUGGCCCACGCGCAGCGCUGUGUAGUUCUGCGCUUUCUGAAGUUUCCUCCAAAUAAGAAGAAGACCUCAGAAGAGAUACUUCAGCAUCUGCAGAACAUAGUGGACUUUGGCAAAAAUGUCAUGAAAGACUUUUUGGGAGAGAACUAUGUUCAUUGUGGGGAGGUUGUUCAGCUGCCUUUAGAGUUUGUGAAACAACUGUGUUUAAAGAUACAGUGUGAAAGACCAGAGUCCCGUUGUGACAAGGACCUGGACACACUCAGUGGUUAUGCUAUGUGCCUUCCCAAUUUGACCAGACUUCAGACCUUCCCCUUUGCAGAGCACCGACCAAUUCUGUGUGUGGAGAUUAAGCCAAAAUGUGGGUUUAUUCCUUUCUCAAAUGGUGUCACCCACGAGAUGAAGCACAAGGUGUGCCGGUACUGCAUGCACCAGCACCUCAAGGUAGCGACUGGAAAGUGGAAGAAAAUCAGUAAAUACUGUCCCCUUGACCUCUACUCAGGAAAUAAGCAGCGUAUGCACUUUGCCUUGAAGAGUCUUCUGCAGGAGGCGCAGAAUAACCUUAGGAUAUUUAAGAAUGGAGAGCUGAUUUAUGGCUGUGCUGAUGCCCGGAGCCCCGUGGCUGACUUGAAGGCGCUUGCACACCACCUGAAGCCCUUCUUCUUCCCUUCCAAUGGCCUGGCCAGUGGGCCUCAGUGCACGAGGGCUGUGAUCCGGGAGCUGGUGCAUGUUAUCACCAGGGUGCUGCUCAGCACCUCAGACAAAGGCCGAGCGGGUGCCUUGAGGCUUGGGCUCCAGGGCGCACGAGUCUGUGAAGCCAGCCCAUUCAGCAGGAGCCUACAUCACCAAGGUGCAGAUGUUGGACCAGCUGGACAUCGAAGGCCUCUACCCUCUGUACAACCGGGUUGAGCAAUACCUGGAGGAGUUUCCUGAGGAGAGGAAAACAUUACAGAUAGAUGGGCCUUAUGAUGAAGUAUUUUACCAGAAACUGCUUGAUCUAUCCACUGAGGAUGAUGGGACAGUGGCCUUUGCAUUAACAAAGGUGA